AUGGACGAUAAAACAAAACUGGCAGAAAACAUCAAUCAAAUAUUUGUAAGAGCCAAUCAAAAAACUGAUAUUGAAGGAAUAAAAUUAGUAAUAUUGGACUAUCUUGACAAGACUGAACAAAUUUCCGAGUAUUUAUAUGAUUCCGUGGUGAAUGCGAGUGAAUACGGUCAAUUCUUAUCAUUACGUGGAUUCUGUGAAGUUAAUGCCUUUCGUUGGCUUAAGACUUCAGCAUCGCUUGGAAACCCUAGAGCAUAUUUAAUUCUGGGUAAAAUGUACCAUGUAUCUGAGGGAAUUACCAGAAAUUAUGAAAAGUCUUUUCGUGCGUGGAAGAAAGCUGCGAACAUCACUUCAAAAUAUCAACCAUCUGCUCAAAAUUUAUUGGCUAUCUAUUAUUAUAGAGGAAGAGGUACCAACAAAGAUAUGCACGCUGCUAUAAAAACGCAUAUAAAUGCUACGAAAAGUGGAAAAUCAUCCUACUUUUCAAAACUUUUACACAUUAUUUUUAAAAAACUUCGCUAA